CCAGGUAGUUGCCGUAGCGCGUGACGUCACAGCAGAGGGACGCGCAGCGAUGGGUCAAAGUCAGAGUGGAGGUCACGGUCCAGGAGGUGGAAAGAAGGAUGACAAGGAUAAGAAAAAGAAGUAUGAGCCUCCCAUUCCUACAAGAGUUGGCAAGAAAAAGAAGAAGACCAAGGGACCUGAUGCAGCAAGCAAACUGCCACUGGUCACGCCUCACACUCAGUGCCGCCUGAAGCUGCUGAAGCAGGAACGGAUAAAAGAUUACCUGCUGAUGGAGGAGGAGUUCAUCAGGAACCAGGAGCAGAUGAAGCCCCUAGAAGAGAAACAGGAGGAGGAGAGAUCAAAGGUGGAUGACCUGCGGGGAACCCCCAUGUCUGUGGGCACUCUGGAAGAGAUUAUAGAUGACAACCAUGCCAUCGUCUCCACCUCGGUGGGAUCCGAGCACUACGUCAGCAUCCUGUCCUUUGUUGACAAAGAUCUGCUGGAGCCGGGCUGUUCUGUCCUGCUCAAUCACAAGGUUCACGCUGUGAUUGGGGUGCUGAUGGACGACACCGACCCCCUGGUGACGGUGAUGAAGGUAGAAAAGGCCCCACAAGAGACGUACGCUGAUAUAGGAGGCCUGGACAAUCAAAUCCAAGAGAUUAAGGAGUCUGUGGAGCUGCCUCUCACACACCCAGAAUACUAUGAAGAGAUGGGCAUUAAACCACCCAAAGGUGUCAUCUUAUAUGGACCACCUGGCACAGGUAAGACGCUGCUCGCCAAAGCCGUCGCCAACCAGACCUCGGCCACGUUCCUGCGCGUGGUGGGAUCAGAGCUGAUCCAGAAGUAUCUCGGAGACGGGCCCAAGCUGGUGCGAGAGCUGUUCCGGGUGGCGGAGGAGCACGCCCCCUCCAUCGUCUUCAUCGAUGAGAUCGACGCCAUUGGCACCAAGAGGUACGACUCCAACUCCGGCGGUGAGAGGGAGAUCCAGAGGACCAUGCUGGAGCUGCUCAACCAGCUGGACGGCUUUGACUCGCGGGGAGACGUCAAAGUGAUCAUGGCCACCAAUCGGAUAGAAACCCUGGAUCCAGCGCUCAUCAGACCCGGGAGAAUCGACAGGAAGAUUGAAUUCCCUCUGCCAGAUGAGAAGACCAAACGCAGGAUCUUCCAGAUCCACACCAGCCGUAUGACCGUGGCUGACGACGUCACGCUGGACGACCUUAUUCUGGCUAAGGAUGACUUAUCAGGAGCAGAUAUCAAGGCCAUCUGCACAGAAGCCGGCCUCAUGGCGCUGCGAGAGCGUCGCAUGAAAGUCACCAACGAAGACUUCAAGAAAUCCAAGGAAAACGUCCUUUAUAAGAAGCAGGAAGGCACACCGGAGGGGCUUUACCUCUAACCCUGAAACUUUCUCCACCCUCCUCUCCAUCUGUUCGUGAGAGAGAGGGGAAACAGCAGCAGACUCGUCUCCCCACAGAGUUUUUGAUAUAUUUUGUGCAUGUGAUGUCUGGCCUCUCCCACUCCCCUGUUGCCGUUAUGUGUUAAGACAGUAAAUAAAAACCACAAAUAUAUCCAC